UUCUUUUGCUCAGAAAAUUUAUCUGCGUUCCUUUUUAUAACAGCGUUUGGUUCCGGACAUAUUUGAAAACCGAAAACCGCGUUUUGUGUCUGCAACAUUAAACACACCCUUGUUCGUUCUGUUCUACACUCUCGCUCUUCGCCGUUCGCGUCAGCCAUGUCCGACGGCCAUCUCUUCAACAACAUCACCCUCGGAGGCCGCGGAGGCACGAAUUCUGGGCAGAUAAGGAUUUAUGCUGGAGGAAUUAUAUGGAAGAGACAGGGCGGCGGUAAAUUAAUUGAAGUUGAUAAAUCUGACAUAAUGGGGGUGACAUGGAUGAAGGUUCCAAGGACUAACCAACUUGGGGUUCAAAUCAAAGAUGGGUUGUACUACAAGUUCACAGGAUUUCGCGACCAGGAUGUUGUAAGUUUGACCAAUUUUUUUCAAAACACCUGUGGAAUAUCAGUAGAGGAGAAACAACUUUCUGUUAGCGGACGUAAUUGGGGAGAAGUAGAUCUAAAUGGAAAUAUGCUGGCUUUUAUGGUUGGUUCAAAGCAAGCUUUUGAAGUUUCUUUAGCAGACGUCUCUCAAACACAGCUUCAAGGGAAGAAUGAUGUGAUCUUGGAGUUUCACGUGGAUGACACAACUGGAGCUAAUGAGAAAGAUUCAUUGAUGGAGAUAAGUUUCCAUAUACCGAAUUCCAACACCCAGUUCGUUGGUGAUGAAAAUCGUCCUCCUGCUCAGGUUUUCCGUGACAAAAUAAUGUCUAUGGCUGAUGUUGGUGCUGGAGGUGAAGAUGCUGUUGUUACCUUUGAGGGUAUUGCAAUCCUUACACCAAGGGGACGAUACAGUGUUGAGUUACACAUGUCAUUCUUGCGGCUUCAGGGACAAGCUAAUGAUUUCAAAAUUCAGUAUAGCAGUGUGGUUCGCCUAUUUUUGCUUCCUAAGUCUAAUCAACCACAUACCUUCGUUAUCAUUAGCCUUGACCCCCCUAUUCGGAAGGGACAAACUUUGUACCCUCAUAUUGUGAUGCAGUUUGAAACUGAUUAUGUUGUUCAAAGUGAAUUGGCAAUAACUGAAGAUCUUUAUAACACAAAGUAUAAGGAUAAAUUGGAGCUGUCUUAUAAGGGACUUAUUCAUGAAGUGUUCACCACAAUAUUACGUGGGUUGUCAGGUGCCAAAGUGACUAAGCCUGGAAAAUUUAGGAGUUGUCAAGAUGGUUAUGCAGUGAAAUCAUCUUUGAAAGCUGAAGAUGGAAUUCUGUACCCUCUUGAGAAGAGCUUCUUCUUUCUGCCUAAACCUCCCACUCUAAUUCUUCAUGAAGAGAUUGACUAUGUGGAGUUUGAGAGGCAUGCUGCUGGUGGCUCCAAUAUGCAUUAUUUCGACCUUCUUAUCAGACUGAAAUCUGAACAAGAGCAUCUAUUCCGUAAUAUUCAGAGAAAUGAGUACCACAAUCUGUACGAAUUUAUCAGUUCAAAGGGCUUGAAAAUUAUGAAUUUGGGAGAUGCCCAACCCACGGUUGGUAUUAAGAAGGUUCUUGAGAAUGAUGAUGAUGAUGCUGUUGAUCCACAUCUUGAGCGUAUUAAAAAUGAAGCUGGUGGAGAUGAAAGUGACGAGGAGGAUUCCGAUUUUGUUGCUGACAAGGAUGAUGAAGGUUCUCCUACUGAUGAUUCUGGGGCAGAUGAUUCCGAUGGUAGUGAUAGUGGUGAUGAGAAAGAGAAGCCUGUCAAAAAGGAACCAAAGAAGGACCUGCCUUCUAAGGCGACUACUUCAAAAAAGAAAUCUAAAGAUGAUGAGGAUGGAAAGAAGAAAAAACAGAAGAAGAAAAAGGACCCGAAUGCACCCAAGAGGGCAAUGUCCGGUUUCAUGUUCUUUUCUAAAUUGGAAAGAGAGAAUCUAAAGAAAACUAAUCCUGGAAUUUCAUUUACGGACGUGGGACGAGUACUUGGAGAGAAAUGGAAAAAGAUGUCAGCGGAUGAGAAGGAACCAUACGAGGCAAAAGCACGCGAAGAUAAAAAACGUUACAAGGAUGAGAUCAGUGGCUACAAGAAUCCCCAACCUAUGAAUAUUGAUUCUGGAAAUGACUCUGACAGUUCUUAAGGCUGUUUCUCAACACUGUCAGUUAAUGCAGUUCCAUAGAUACGUGUUGUCAUGCCAUGCAAGCUAAUGUAAGUCCGGCUCCUUAUAUUUCUUACCGGUGAUGGCUUCUACGCACAUGCUCCGUAAAUUGACAAAAGUUUUUCCUCUUUGAAAUGGCUUGAUAACUUGUGAAUGAACUCAAGGGUUUUGUCCUCUGAUGGUUUGCCUGGUUUGUCGACGAUAGAGGAAGGACGAGCUUAGUGCGUUGAUUAGGUUCCUAUGCUUAAUUAAAUCAGUGGUCUGUGUUUGAGACCCAAUUUCCUAAUAUAUUGCCUAUAAAAUGAUAGUCCCUUGGGUUUUUGACCCACCGAUGUAGGACUUGUAACAUAUAUAUACCUUCAACUUUUGCAUGAAUAGGGUUUAAAUUGUUA